AUAAACUACCGUAGAUUUGUUUACUCAACACCUUCAUGCAUAUAACAACGCAAAAAUUUAAUGCUGAACUGGAUCAAAACAGUAUGGCGUCGCGUCUUUACAAAGUGGGCGUUACAGCGUUAAGUGCUACUAUUGGGUCUGUGGUCGCUAGCUGGACAUUUGAUCGAUGGAAUUCAUCACAUACUGUCAACAAUGCUGUAGCCCGACCUCCAAAACGAAAACGUAAAUUAAUCUCACGUGACGAGCAAAUUCAGAAUUUACAGUCUGGUGAGGAAUUCGAUGUGCUAAUCAUAGGAGGAGGAGCUACGGGAGCCGGCUGUGCUCUAGAUGCUGUUACGCGAGGCUUGAAAACAGCUUUAGUGGAAGGCGAUGAUUUCGCUAGUGGCACUUCUUCCAAAUCAACUAAAUUGAUUCAUGGAGGUGUACGUUAUUUACAAAAAGCCAUCUUAGGGUUAGAUUAUGAACAAUAUCGUAUGGUUAAGGAGGCUUUAGCAGAGAGAGCAAGUAUGUUAGAUUCUGCACCACAUUUAGCACAUCCCCUGCCAAUUAUGCUGCCAGUUUACAAAUGGUGGCAGGUGCCUUACUAUUGGGUGGGUAUUAAGUGCUACGAUUUGGUAGCCGGCGAUCGUAAUGUGAAAGGAUCCUAUUAUCUAUCGAAAAGAGAUGCCUUGGAACUGUUCCCUAUGCUGAAAAAGGAAAAAUUAGUAGGGGCUAUUGUAUAUUAUGAUGGUCAACAAGAUGAUGCUCGUAUGUGUUUAGCUGUUGCUUUGACAGCUGCGCGUCACGGUGCUACGGUUUGCAAUCAUGUUGAGGUUUUGGAAUUAUUGAAAAAAGAUAAUGGAAAAGGAGAACAAGUGUUAUGUGGUGCUAAAGUGGUGGAUCAUAUGACCGGCAAAAAAUUUACCGUUAAGGCCAAAUGCAUUAUUAACGCUACUGGCCCAUUUACGGACUCUAUACGAAAAAUGGAUGACCCAACGAUUAAG